AUGAUUUUGGUAACUGGGAUUCCUUUAGUGAUGGUCACCGAACAGGCAAAUUUGUAUUUUGUACUUCAAAGGAGAAAAGGACAUGGUAAAACAAAAGGGCUUUCUUCUAUACUUGUUGGAACACUCGACAGUGUUUUUGACACAAAACCACCACCUUUCCGUAUUCUUCACCAAACACCCACGUCCGAAGUUUAUUAUCUUAUAGCCUGCUCUUUAACAUUCUCUGAAAUCGAAAAAGAUUGGAUUUGGCUGCAAAAGAAUUUGUCAGAUACAUUGACAUCUUUUGACACAGAGGAAGAUGUCACAGAAUUUGUGUGUUGCAAAAUUCAAUCUGUUAUUGCUAACUGUGUACCUGACAACCUUGAUGAUGAAGACACGCAAUCCUUUAAAUCUGUCACUUUCAAGUUCCGAAGGCUAUUUAACAUGCCACCUGAAGAAAAGUUGGUUAAUUAUUACUCCUGCAGUUUCUGGAAGAGUCGAAUGCCACGCCAGGGUUGGAUGUACCUUUCAGUUGGCCAUUUGUGUUUUUAUGCUUACAUUUUGGGCAGGGAAACAAAAUUGGCUAUCCGGUGGUCUGAUGUCACAGAAUUGGAGAAAACUAGCAGCUUACUUUUUCCGGAUUCCAUACGCAUAGCCACCCGUGAAAAGGAGGCAAGUAUUUAUCAUUUCUCAAUGUUCCUGCACAAGGGAGAAACUUUUACACUCAUGGAGCAGCUAGUCAAUAUGGCAAUGAAACAGCUCAUCGAUGACAAGGGUGGUUUCAGUGAAGAUAAGGAUCUACUGAAUAAACUAAGUAAGAAUGUGCCAAAGAAGAACUCCUUCCUCAUUCGUGACCUGAAUGCGAGAGCCCACUCAGAGGCUUAUAGACUUCUCUUUAGAUUGCCUGCCUGCGAGAAACUUGAUGGAAGGACUGAAGCAACUCUCUGGACUCCUUACAACAAGCGCAAUGUUUGGGGAUGCAUGUAUUUGUCACAGAACUAUCUGUGCUUCACGAGUAGGAUGCCUCCUUCACAGGUGAAGAACUUGGUGAGUGUAGUUAUUCCAUUGCGUGAUGUAAUGCUGGUUGAACGUGCUGAAAAUCAGGCAUCUAAUCCUUCUGUGGAAAAAUCGCUGCUGAUCACCACAAAUCGGCGUGUGAGCUUCCUCUUUGCGCAGAUCUUGGAUAGGGAUUUUGUGGUCCAGAAGAUCUCUGAACUACUGUCCAGGAUACGAACUCUGAGUUUACCGCCUCCAGUUCCUCCAGAUCCAUUAAUCGGAAAGAAUUCUCCUCCUUUGGGCAAUAAAUUUGGAGAAGGAGAUGUUCCUCAAAACUUGUCAAGCUGGAAGUCCCAGCCACCACUAAUGACAUUGUUUAAGCUUCCUAAUGCUGCUCAAACACGAGUAACUCAAGAAACAAAAGAGAAGAUGUGGGAGAUGCAUUUCACUGACUAUGGAAGGGGCAUUACAAUGUAUCGUACUACUGAGGUGGCGAAGUUAGUGCUUCAGGGUAUUCCUGACCAACUUCGACGGGAAGUGUGGAUGACUUUUUCGGGAGCAAUUAACGAAAUGGCAACCAACCCUGGUGUCUACCGUAGUUUGGUAGAACACAGCUUGGGGAAGCCUUGCCAAGCCAAUGAUGAAAUUGAGAGAGAUCUUCAUCGCUCAUUACCCGAGCAUCCAGCCUUCCAGUCUGAAAUAGGCAUCAAUGCCUUGCGACGAGUACUCUCUGCAUAUGCAUGGCGCAACCCUCAGAUAGGUUACUGUCAGGCUAUGAAUAUUGUGGCAUCUGUUCUUCUUAUAUAUUGCUCUGAAGAAGAAGCAUUUUGGCAGCUGGCAACUCUAUGUGAGAAUUUGUUGCCUGAUUACUACAACACCCGAGUAGUAGGAGCACUUGUGGACCAAAGUGUCCUUGAUGAUUUGACUUCAGAGCAUCUUCCAGAUCUCCAUGCACGACUAGAUGAGUUAGGAAUGAUUCGUAUGAUCUCAUUUGUUAUGCCAUAUGAAAGUGCAGUCAAUAUCAUUGAUUGUUUUUUUUAUGAUGGAGCGAAAGUAAUUUUUCAGGUGGCUUUGGCUGUUCUUGAGGCUAAUCAAGAACGAUUACUCAACUGUCGAGAUGAUGGUGAAGCAAUGCAGUUACUUGCAGAUUAUCUUGAAGGAGUUUACAAUGAAGAGACCAAGGAUUGUGUGCUGCACAAUAAAGAUGGAGAAACAGUUACCAAGCAGAACCGGGGUGUCCCGCAGAGUGUGUCGGUGCAACGGCUAAUCUAUGAUGCCUACACCCACUAUGAAGCACUGACUGCUAGCACCAUUGAGCGCCUGCGGCUCAAGUAUCGACUCCGUGUGGUUCAACAAUUGGAAGAUGGUGCAGGUCGCAAUGUUGUGAGAAGUAUUGUUGGUGAUGGAUAUUUCUCUCAAGAUGAGUUGCAGGAUCUUCUUACCUUGGUGCGUGAGGAGUUACUUGGUCAACGUCGUCCCCCAGUGGAUCGGUUUGACCCAACUCAGCCCCCAUAUGAGGCUUACAAAAUAGAUUUUGAUUUGUUUCGUCUGCUGUUUGUCAGCCUUUCUCCUUGGGGACAUGGAUCUCAGGCAGAGUCUCUAGCUGCUAGACUUUUUAGGCUAAUGGAUCAUAAUGCUGAUGGGCUUCUUAAUUUCCGGGAGUUGGCUGCAGCUUUAGGGAUGACUUGUACAGCUGAUCUAACUCAACGUCUUAAGCUGCUUUACACUUUGCAUUUGCCACCACUUCUUACAGCUGCUGAGCUAGAAUCACCAACCAGUUCAGCAAAGCAUAAUGCACAAAAGAAAAAGAUGGCUCCAGAAUCUCAGAUACAAGGUAUUACAAAUGCUAUUGCCAGCAUAUUCUUGUAGACUGGCGCAGAGAUAGCUGCUGAAGCUACAGAUUUCUUCGAGAGUAUGGAGCAGAGCGUCACAUCCCUCGAGUCCAUGUCAAGCCACACAGAAGACUCUGGUCGCGAACCAGAAGAGCGGCCAGGCAGCGUGGCAAGCCAGCACAACUACUUGCGUGAUCAGUCUUGGGAAGUUCGGAGUACCAGCAGUUUAAGAUCACUAGUUGAAGCUCGGGACAGUCGACCUGAUUUGAAGACUGUGCCUCGAAUGUCACAACCGCACUUCAUUAUGUUAUGGAAGACGCUUUAUGACAUGUUCCAGACACAGCCAGAGGAUCAGGAAUUGUUUCAUUCCAUUGCUACUGUUGGUACGUUGCUUCUACAGUUAGGGGAUGUGGGCAAAAAGUUCUACAUGGAGAAAGAAGAAUCUGCUGACAGUUUGGUGGAUGCUGCUGCUGCUCACCUGCCAAGCAAACAGAGUACACCCACAGAACAGGCUGCAGAUAAGAACGGAAACCCAGGAGGUGGACCAGAUCCUCAUUGGGCUAUUACAGUUGAACAGUUCCUGGCUACAGUUUUAACCGGAGGCCCAAUUGUUGAGUUUUUUAGUCGCCCUACAUCUCUUUCUGAAGGAAUUUCAAGAUUACGUGGUCGGCGUUUCACUCGUCUACAGUCUCUUACAGACUCUUCUUUCAUCAAAGUAUGAAGAUGUUAAAAGUUUUCCAUUGAAAUUUAUAUUCAAUGUGUGAGUCGCUAUUCCAUAAUCAGUGUAUAAUUCUAGCUGUUGUUACUGCUAAGUACAGAUUUGUUCUGUUCCCAAACAAUGGGAUUAUAGAUCUGCUGAAAUUAAGCCUAAACACACUGUUCUGUGUGUCAUCUAUAAAAUGUGCCUCUUGCAUUUCUUUUAUUAUGCAAGGCAGUGCAUUGUUGUUCUUUAUACAAGCCAGUAUUUCUGCCAAAAGACUGUUUGUUUUCUUAGAAAUUCCUUCCAUGACUUAUGAUCAUGUUCACUGCUGUACAUAUUAUAAAAAAUUGUUUGCUAAUAGUAAUUUUUAAUUGAAUAAUAUUUUAGUUACUUUGGUAAACUUAUUGGCUUGGAUGUGUACAAAUAUGUAUCUUUGGCAUGGGUCCAAAAGUGUAAAAAUAAACUGUAUAUUAAUAUAAACUGAUUGCAAGAAUUUUUUAAAACUUCUGAU